GCGAAAUUAUGCGAUGCGAAAAAAACCAACCUAAUUUCAGCUCUAGAAAAUGCUAAGAAAAUGCUUAAGAAACGUAAAGGAGAAACAAAGAGAACAAUUGAAUCCGAAUUUGAUGACAUUUUAAAAAAUAUAGCCGAAGCAAGACCAAAUCAUUUGAACAUCUCUUUGGCUCAAUCUAGUAUAAAGAAUAAAAUAAUGCUGUUAAAAUCAAGAAUUGGUGAUCACUACAAAAAGAAGUUUAGGGAGUGUGAGCAAAAUUUGACGCAGUUAGAUUCCCGAGUUGAUGCGUUUAGUGCAGUGAAAAAAGAGAUCGAUGGAC